CUACUUUUUUUUCCUUUAUUUCUUUUAUUCCACUCUUUACAUUUAUAAAAAUAUCAUAUUCCUUAAAAAUAUAUUACAUUAAUCAAUUAUUAAUUAUUCUCCUGCAACUUCAUAAUUCCAUUAUUAAAUUGUGCAUGAACCAUAAUGCUACAAAAAAAACCUCUUAACUGCUACCAUUGACUCGUAGCAAACUCAUUUUCAUCAUCAAUGGAGAGACAAAAAAGUUUCUCUUUCAAACCCACUAGACUCUUACUCUUCACAUUCACAAUCUUUUCUUCUAUCUUCUUCCUUUCAACUUUCACAAUCUGGUUAACAAAAUCCACAACCACACCUUCACUUCAUCACCAACAAACUCUUCUUAACUUCAACACUUCAACAAACAACAAUAACAACAGUGUUGAAUUGAAUCUUCAACCUUUAACUGUUCUUUCAUUGACCCAAAACUUCUCUGUUACCAAGAUUCAAACUUUAAUUGAUAACCGUCUUUCUAGGAGUCAAAAGAGUUUCUCAGAAUCCAAAUCUGAAGAUAUAGAGAUAGAAGAAAACCAUGUUGUUGAUACUUCAAUUUCAAGUGUUAAUUUUACUGCAAUGCAUGGUAACAAUGGAACUAAGGUUGAAGCAAGUGGGUUAGUGGGUAAGAGUGAUAAAGUUUUGAUUUUUAAGGAGAUUGAGGUGAAGAAGAAGAAGAAAAUAGUGAAAGAGUGUGAUUUAAGAAAAGGGUAUUGGGUUUUUGAUGAAAGUUAUCCACUUUAUAGUAGAGAUUCUUGUCCUUUUAUAGAUGAAGGUUUUGAUUGUGAGGGAAAUGGAAGAUUGGAUAGAAAUUAUACUAAGUGGAGAUGGCAACCUCAAGAUUGUGACCUUCCAAGGUUCAAUGCAACAAAAAUGUUGGAGUUGAUAAGAGGGAAAAGGCUAGUUUUUGUGGGUGAUUCCAUUAAUAGGAACCAAUGGGAAUCAAUGUUGUGCAUGUUAUUGAGUGCUGUUAAAGAUCCAAAGAGAGUGUAUGAGGCGCGUGGAAGGAAAAUUACGAAAGAGAAGGGAAACUAUAGUUUCAGGUUUCUGGAUUAUCAAUGUACAGUUGAAUACUAUGUGAGUCAUUUCUUAGUUCAUGAAAGCAAGGCAAGAGUAGGGCAGAAACGAAGACCAACGUUGCGAAUUGACGCUAUUGAUCACGGUUCAUCGAGAUGGAGAGGAGCUGAUAUUUUGAUUUUCAACACAGCACAUUGGUGGUCACAUUACAAAACCAAAGCAGGGACUUAUUACUUUCAAGAAGGAACUCUAGUUCAUCCCCGGCUAAAUGUUUCUACAGCUUUUACGAAAGCUUUAACGACUUGGGCUUCAUGGGUUGAUAAACGCAUAAAUUUGAAGAAAACACAAGUUUUCUUUAGAAGUUCAGCACCAUCUCAUUUCAGGGGAGGUAAUUGGAAUUCAGGAGGACAUUGUACAGAGGCAACUCAUCCUCUUAAUGAAACCUUAAAUACAAUUGAUCCUGAGAAGAAUAUAAUCAUAGAAGAGACAAUAAAGAAGAUGAAAACUCCUGUGACAUUGUUGAAUAUAACUAGUUUGUCAGAAUUUAGGAUAGAUGGUCAUCCAUCCAUUUAUGGGAGGAAAACUCAAUCCUCUAGAAUUCAAGAUUGUAGUCAUUGGUGUCUACCAGGGGUUCCAGAUACAUGGAAUGAAUUGUUAUUUUUUCAUUUACAAAGUAGAUGAGGCUGAACUUUUCAAACUA